GCGUGUCACUUUUUUCUUAUAUUGUUUCUUACAACUUCAAGUCAUCCAGUGGACAACGAUGCCUAAUACGACCAAUGCAACAACAGUGCAGGAGCACCUACGUGAACUUCAGGCACUCGUUCAGGACGCUCUCAAACAAUGGAGCCUCGCCUCAACAACUAUAGCAGCUACAUCACUAGUUGCACAGACUAAUCCACCACGAUUGACAAAUGAACUACAUCCCCUUGGACCUGUCCAAGUAAGCUUAUUGCAACGAGACUACAAGGAAAAAAUUGCAGCUAUUCGCACUAUUUGUCUGUCGUUUGCUCAAGGGCCUUUGCAACAGUCAUUAAAUGGAAGUGAUUCGUCUAGUGCGUCGUCUCUCCGCAAGUAUUCUUCAUUACUAAAAGAAGAUGCACAACAUGAGGAAGCUUUGUCAUCUGUCAAGCUGAGCAUGAAGCUAUGUCAAAACACUCUCCGAGCAGCAUCACAAGACGGCAGUAUUAAAACGGAGCAUUUAAUCAACACUAUUCGGGAUAUGGCCACAGGGCUUGGAUUGGAGUGUUACUUGGAAACUGGAUCUAGGCCAGAUAGCAUGUUACCCGUAUCAACACUAACAAUCGGAGGAAAUGUGAUUGUUAUCGAUAUUGAUGUCGAGAGUACAGGGGCAAUUUUGAGAGUCAAGGUCUCCUAUGCUUCCGAAAUUCAUCAGGAUGAGAGGAUUGACCGUUUACUGGGCCAUAACUUGCGGUGUAAAUGUGGAAAGUUGGUGCAUACGACGACGGAAAAAACUGGCAAAGCAACAGAGACCAAAUUAGUCCACCUUCCGGAUUGUAGUCGCGAUUUUGACGCCUUUUCAAAGAAUUUAAAGGCUUUAGCAACACUCGACAGCUUUUCGAAAAAAUAUCCAAAUAUUGACUUCUUUCACAACAUCAGGUCUAUGGAUAUGGAUCUCAAAGAGUUAUUCAGGCGAGAAAUGUCACUCACCGGAAGGGACCUUAAUAGGGUUUUAACAUGUGGACACGGAAUACCAAUGACUCACGAAGUUUCUCCAGGACCCUCUGUCGCGUAUUGGGCAUCAAAAGCAGAUCUGCUAGAUGUAGCAUGGGAAGAACUUUCAGCAGCAAUCGAGCAAGGGGCGAAUGAGAAAGUGAAGGUACCCUUCCAUCGGAUUAACAUUAUGAUGGAAGAAUCAACAACACCAUUGGCUGGAUAUCUGCCUGCAGAUCGCAGUGGUUUUCUGCUUUCAGAGCAAGACUCGCUUAGCUUGACGUCCGUGCCAUACGGAUCUAUCAUGAAUGACCAAGGCAGCGUCAGUCCGACCACGAUCCUCCAACAACCGUUGAGAUGGAUCGUUCCUAACACAGACUCUACAGUCGAGGCGGCGUAUGUGGCAGUACUUCAUCCACCUGUUGUUGUAUCGGAGGAUGUUGCUAAACAGCUAGCAGCACUUUCAAACCAGGCAGGUCUGAAUACAACCAUGGGUUCACAUAAAAAUUCAGGAUAUUUAUCGCUUCAAGAGUGCUUAAUCAGCAAUGAUAAUGAACAGAGGUCGUGGGAGGUCACAUUAGACUAUGGUGUGAAUGCUGUGCAUCAAGUUUACUCGUUUGACAGGAGCAAGAUUGAAGCCCGUCUACUACAUAGAGUCCCCUUCACCCACGUUUCUCAAAUCUACAUUUGCACAAAAUUAUUACGUCAACAGCUGGCAUUCAACACCCUCUUCCAGAGCUGUUUUAAAGCAACAGUUUCAGGCUCAAACCCCGCAGUUGAAAAGACCAAUAAGGAACUGGCAGCAACUAAAUUGCAAACCAGCAUUGGUAGUAGUAGUAGCAUUAGCAGUGGCGACAAAGGCGGUAGCAAUGUCCCUAGUGAAAGCAACAAGGAAGAUGACCAAAAGGUCUCAAUUGUUAUCCAGACGCCCCAGCCUCCACACGUAAUCUUGGCUUCGUUCGUCAACCCACAUACGGAAACGAACAUGACGAUCGAAAUUCUAAUUGAUGCAGGCACUGGGUUACCUGCGGUGCGACUUAUCAAUGGAACAACAGUAGGAUCAUCAGGGGUAUCAUCGGGAGGAGUAGGAGGCAUAGCUGGAGUCACUGGUUUGAGCAGUAUAUCUAAUAUGGGUAAUCUGAGUGGUAGUUUAGUUGAUAUGCAACAGCAGCAGCAGCAGGAGCAGCGACUAUUCUCAAUUGAGCCAGAGAAGUUGACAAAGGUUCUGCAGAUGAGCGAUAGUAUACCAAUUUUGGUCCGGUGGAUACUCAAGAGAUCAUUUGCAUGGGUGAAAGAGAACUUAUAUCAAGGUAAAGCUGUUCACCAACCAAGCCUUUCACGAAGGGCUUCGACCUAUACAGAGGAAGGCGGUAUAUUGAAGCGGCCCAGAGUGUAAAAUAAAUGCACUUUCAUUUAUGAUGGCGAAACACAGGUGUAAUACAUACGA